AUGGUGGCUACAAGCUUCCACGAUGCCUCCUCAAAUGCGGCGUCCGUCGUGAUGGUGCGGGGCUCCGCACGCACCGAUGACGAGAAGGAAUACGGUGAGGUGCGACUUUAUCCGACUCGAAUGCGUUUCGUGACCGGCGUAGCUCAAGCCUACGAGGAUGACUUUCCGUCUGAACUCAGUCAUUUGGUUAAGGAGACGGAGUUUGAAGUCGCUAUCAACCAGAUUAACAACACGAUGCAGGACUAUUGGCCGUGUUUCUUCUGUUUUUGCUGCGGAUACGGCUGCUGCCCUUGCACAUUGGGCCUCUCUCUCUUUUGUCCAAACUUUUGCAUCAGAGAUGCCGAGCAAUAUGUGCGUGCACUCCUGCUAAGAAUAAACAAGCGACACUGUUUUGAGCGAGCUGAUGUCGAGUGGCAGUUAAUUCGAUCGUGGGGCAGAUCCUGGGUCCAGAUCACAUACCCACUUGCGUCCAAGAAGCCGCCACUGAUCACAUACCAGCAUGGUAUAGUACCGUCGUCACCGCUCGUGCCUCCAAACGGCAACCACUCCAACAGUCAGCAAGCACUCUCUAGUUCUUCAAUGCUGUCAGAUACAACCCCACUUGUUCCAUAA